UUCAUUCUCUUUCCUUCUGAUCCUCCCAAGUUCCCAUGUCCGUGUCCGUGUCGGUGUCCAUGCAUAAUAUUCUUUCAUUUUGAUAAUUAUUUUCAGAAGAAAAGAGAAGCACAAGAUCCAUCAGUAUGGGUGCGGGUGCGGGUGCGGGUGCAGGUGGGGAUCAUAAUUAUUGUUUUCUUGAUGAGAAGAGAUGGCAUCAGCCUCAGCCUCAGCCUCAUCAUCAUCUCAGAUUGUUGCUCAACUUCCCCCCCGGAAACAUUAAUAGCAUUUCUGCUCUUGUUGUUGAUCAUCAUCAACUCAGAUUUUCUGAUGAUUAUCACAGUAAUAAUUUGUUAUUAGAAGAAGGUGAUGAUCAUGUUCAUAAUGACGAUGAUGAUGAGACUGCUCAUAAUCACCCACACCACCACACAAUUUACUGGGAAUCCCAACAAUUUCUCCUUCAGGAGAUAUUGGAUCAAUGCAACUCAAGUGGUUCAAAAUUGAAGGAAAACAUAAAAAGGAACAUAGAGAUAGCUAGAGAUUCCGACUUUUGUAAUUGCAUGGACAAGAGCUUGAGAGGCUGCAUUAAGUGCCUACGCCGAGCAGCUGUCAAUCAGCUGUGCAACAAAGGCUUCAAUGCUGCCCUCUGCACAUCCAAGUGGAAAAAAACUGAUAAAAUGCCCGGAGGGACGCAUGAGUACAUUGAAGUCAUUGCUUGCACACAGGGGAGAAGGAAACAGAUCCCAAUCUUGGUAGAAUUAGGGUUCCGGGAUGAGUUUCGGAUGGCAAAAGCCUCUGAUGAGUAUAAUAAAUUGAUCGAUCAACUGCCUGAAAUCUACACAGGAAAACUCCAACACCUCAAUGCCAUUAUUCGUGUAGUUUGUGAGGCAGCCAAGAAGUCAGCUGAAGAGCAUAAAAUUCAUAUGGGUCCCUGGAGAAAGAGAAGCUUUAUGCAAAUGAAAUGGUCUGCAUCCAGUGAAAGGAGAUCGUUUCAUUAUCCCUCAAAUGAACUUUUGGUCAGUUCAUCAGGGCAGGAAACUGUAAAUGCUGCAAUAUCAAGCUUCCAACUUCACAUGGCAUCAACCGUAAGAGUAGCUUAAAAUAUAUGCUAGCUACCUCAAAUCUUUGUAGGAAUAAUGAUGAGUAUUUUGUUUCUGCGGGAUGCACAACUUUUUUAAAUAAAAGUUUUUGUCGUCAAAAGUCAUAGGGAGUGCGUGUGUUACGCUAAAUACAUAGGAUGUGAGUCUAAAAACACUGUGAGUCACUGUCGGCGUUGGCACCAAUGCCCACACCCUGCUCUCAGUAGUUUCCAGUCCUUACCCCUUUUUUUUUUUUUUGGUAUUUUGGCUUAGUUUAUGUCUAGAGUUUCAAUCAUAGAGCUCCCGAUUAAUACCUGGAAACAUGGUAAGGCCAUUUUUCUGGUUCGAUUAUCAGGUCACAAGAAGAAAUGUAUACUGUAAAAGAAUGUCGUGGUAAUCAGAGUUUCCCUGGCUGGAAGCUGGGAACUACUGCCAAGCCACUUCUUACAAUGGUAGAAAAUAAUGCCCUUAUAAUCAGA